AUGUCUCACCAGACAAAGCAGCCCACCCCUCAGCCCCCAGUGGGCUGUGGGAAAACCUCUGGCGGCGGCGGCGGCGGCGGCGGCGGCGGCGUCUUCCAUAGCGGCGGCGGCGGUGGCUCUGGUAGCUGCGGCGGCUCCGGGGGUGGCGGCGGCGGCGGCUGCUCCGGUGGAAGCGUCAAGUAUUCUGGAGGCGGCGGCAGCUCCGGCUGCAGCGGCGGCCACUCUGGCGGCGGCUGCGGGGGCGGCGGCGGCGGUUCUGGUGGAAGUAUCAAGUAUUCCGGGGGCGGCGGCAGCUCGGGCUGCGGAGGCUACUCUUCCGGCGGCGGCUCCUCCGGUACCGUCUGCUACUCCAGCGGCGGCGGCGGCGGCUCCGGGGGCGGCUGCUACUCCAGCGGCGGCGGCGGCGGCUCCUCCGGCCAGCAGGUCCAGUGCCAGAGCUACGGAGGCGUCUCUAGUGGGGGCGGCUCCGGCUGCGGCGGCAUCUCCUCCGGGGGCGGCUCCGGCUGCGGCGGCAUCUCCUCCGGGGGCGGCUCCGGCUGCGGCGGCAUCUCCUCCGGGGGCGGCUCCGGAUACUUCUCGUCCUCCCAGACCUCCCAAACCCCGUGCUUGCCCCAGCAGAGCCACGGAGGGGGCUCAUCCGGCGCCGGCUGCGGCGGGGGUUCCUCCGGGGGCGGCGGCUGCUUUUCCAGCGGUGGGGGCGGCAGUGGAUCCGGCUGCGUGGGCGGCUCCUCCGGAGGCGGCGGCGGCUGCUUCUCUAGCGGUGGGGGCGGCAGCGGUUCCGGCUGCGGCGGCGGCUCCUCCGGGGGUGGUUCCGGGGGUGGCAAGGGCGUCCCAGUCUGCCAUCAGACCCAGCAGAAGCAGGCGCCUACCUGGCCAGGCAAGUAA